ACGCACUCAGACGACAGUCAGUGCGCACAACGAUACGUAUCGCGACCGUCUGGUUCGAACACGCGCGCGCACGCACGCACUGCCCAUAUAUCGUUUAUAUUGUGUGUGAUAUAAUAUUAUAAUAAAUCGUAAUUAGAAUAUUUUGUCCCUCGCACAGGGCUUGUCGACCGAGAGAAUUUUUCGCGUUCAGUGUCUAUCGUUCGUUUAGUCUUUUUGGUCGCGUGUCCACGCGGGUUAUAGAUUCGAAUUUCAAACGUGCCCGUCGCGUAGUACCCAUACAGUUUUCCGAACGUCACUUGCGUCGUCGUACAGACUAUUCGCGGCGAGAUAAUUAUAAUUUACGCCGAACGACAAUAUUUUUAACUUGUCCGUUGCGAAAAAGUUCAACCGGUUUUUAUCGAUUUUCCACCCCUCCGAUGGUGGUCGGUCGGCAGUGCGAAUAAUAUCGUCGACUGUUCGCAGCGAUCGUUAUUUACCUAUACGUCCAUCCGUGUUGCCGUUGUUUCCAAUACCCGUUCGGUGCACUUACCUGUCGACGUUUUGGAUAAUACCACAUCUGUACUCGGCGCGCGGGACGAGCUAUAAACCCCGUCGAAGAAACAUUCAGCCGUAACGUUUAUGGACGCUUGUUGAUUGGGACUGCUGCAGGUGAAUGAGACGCCAGACGAUAUUGACAGAAAUCGAUAUUACUAUCCACUGUGAAAAUUAUAUGCAUUCGUGGUUAUAUGGAGGAAUUGCAGAGACGACGUCCGGUCGGUUAGGUUAGGAGGCAUGACCGGAUCGUUGCGUCUGAGCGCUCUGCUGUUGCUGUUGCUGUCCCGCUGGGCGUCCGCGGACCUCGAGAAGGGCGAGGACGAGUACGUCCGCAGCUGGGUCAUCAUCGAGGAACAGCUGGUGCCGCCGUCCAGGGACGAACUGCUGGCCACCGGCGGCGCGGGCACCGCUGGCGGUGGCGUCAGCGGCGGCGGUGUGGCCGGUCGGCGGAUCACGCCCAAGUCGGUGUUUGUCGCGCCGUCGUUCAACAAGUGUUCGGACGGUUACCGGCCGGACAGCAUGGGACGAUGCGUCAAAGUGGUGAAGAUCAACCAGGCGGCCCAAUGGGACUUCCUGAUCAAGCAGCUGAACUCCAUGUACGGUUCCGGCACGAGCGGCGUUGGAUUCCCGAUGUUGCCGGGCGCCUCGGCGUACCAGCCUGCCACCACCACGACCACCGAGCCGCCGUUGCAGAAGACCGACAGCCCUGGGCCGUUUCAAUUGAACAUACCGUUGGUCGGCAGCGGGGUCGUUGACCCGGACAACCAGACGAUGGACCCCGUGGACGAAUUCACCACCGCCACUACCACCACAGCUGGCACCGCCACGGUCGGCACCACCACGACUAAUCCGACUACCACUACUACUAAAACAACGACUACAACCACUACUAGUACCGCCGCCUCCACGACCGUCGAGGACGACGACGUCGCCACCACCGACCGUCCCGUUACGACCACGGUCGACGGCGACCCCGACGAUGACCGCACGACUAUUACCGCGACCGCUGUCACGACUGCAGACGCGGCGGAUACCUUCAGACCGCGGCCGUACCGUAACCGUUACCAGACGACGCACGCUGAGGACGCCAUCACUGUCACUCCGCCUUCUUACGACUCGACUACCACCGCGACGUACACGAAAACAAAGUACGCGGACAGCAGUAAAACGACCAUCGCCGGGACGGAAGACCCGUCUUAUCAGACCUUCAAGACGACUGGCGGCGCGUCGAUCUCGUCUUCGUUUUCGUCGCCCGUAGUUACCACUACCGCGGUCGACGUCACGGAGACCGACACCCCGGCGACGGCCGCGACUCCACCGGAAACCGAAGAAGAAGACGUAGUGACCGUACUGGCCGUGGCGGCCGCCGCCGCUGCGGUCAACGGCGGUGACGGCGACAGCGGUAGACCGGUUAGUACCACGCGGUUGCCGUACACGACGGGUGGAAGCAGGACUCCUCAGUCACCGGUCACGGACACGGUCACGCCCGAGUACUACGACGAUCAACCGGAAGAGCCGACGUCGUCACCGGAACCGGAUUGUUCGGCUCCCGACGCGUAUCGGUAUUACGCGGCGUGCGCGGGUUUCCGGCAACAGCAGCAGUUCGAACAGCUCCAACAGCAGCAGCAGCUACUCCAGCAACACCAGCAACAGCAACAGCUGUACCAGCAACAGCAGCAACAGUUCUAUCACCAACAACAGCAACAGCACAAUCACAUGGCCGCCGAGUUGGUGAAGCGCCCGGUCGCCGGCGGGGGCGCACCGGUGAGGUUCCCCGGUGACGAAGACCCGGUGUCGGCGACGUCGUCGGACAGCGCGAACCUGAUCAGGUUCCCGGGACCGGCACCGUAUCGGACCACCAACAAGAUGUACGAGAGCAGCAGGCAUCCCACGUGGUGGCCGACGGGGUGGCCGGAUCAGCAGCAGCAACAGCAACAGCAGCUACAGCUGCAGCAACAGUACCCUGACGAUUCGUUGCAGCAACAGCACCGGCUACAGCAUCACCUGCCCCAGCAGAAACAGGACGUCCGGCUCUGGGAAUUCGGAUCUAGACUGCCGAAAACUACGUCGACCACGACGGCUGUCCCCGCAUCCCCGACACAGUGGUACCACAGGUUUUUCUAACCUAUGCGGCCGCGCGCCUUUCCGAUCAUCAUAAUAAUAUAAUGCUAAUUAUUAUAUUAUAUUUUCAUUUUACGCUAAAUAUUAUAUAAUCAUUCACACCCACGCCGUUCAAUUAUUAAUAUAAUAUUUUUAUCCUUUUUUUUAAAAAUAAGUUUUUACUCAGUAUUUUGGCACUAGUUUAUUCAUUAGUUAGUACUUAUUAUUAUUAUUAUUAUUAUUAUUAGUAUUAGUAUUGUAUUUUUUGUUGCCAUAUUAACGUCCGUAGAAUAAUAUCAUUAUUAUAUAUUCGUGUUUUAUGUUUUAUUUCAGUCACAUGCGUUUUGUUUAUAGUUACAGCUUCAACUGCGUAAAUAAUUUAUAGCCGUAGUAAUAGCAAGUAUAGGCGUAUAGCGUAUAAAAAUCCUAUAUACGUGUGUAUAUAUAUAUACAUGUAUUUUUAAACGGCAUUUAUACAUAUUUAUAUAAUCGAUAUUACGAGAUUUACGAGUAACAGAAAAAAAAUUGCCACGCAUUAAUAUUUUAAUAUAUAUAUCCCAUUGCUAAAUAUUUUAACGUUUUAUCGUGAGACCAAUAACAUAUUAACCGUACUAUGAUUAUUGUUUUCUUAUUGUUUGUUUGUUUUUUUUUUAUAUAUAUAUAUAUAUAUUUAUAUUAUAUAAUUAUUAUAAUAUAUUAUAAUGAUUUAAUGUAAAUAAUCUUUAAGCGUGUUCCUAUUAUAAGAUCACGGCCUCUAGUUGUGCGAAUAGCUGCUGCCGCUCGAUGUAUUAGUUUGUAAAUAAUCAGUAUCACAAAAAUGUACAGUACGCAAAUGCAAUGCAAUGUAAUAUAAUACUUAUAUACAAUUCAUAUUACUAUUACCAUACAUAUAAUAAUUUAAUAAUAAUAUUUUAGCAUCGACGUAUGAACUACACGCUAUGGGCAUAGUACAAUCAUUAACGUCAGUCAUGAUAAUUCCGCCUACGCAUUGUGUUUUUAUAUUAUAUUAUACAUUCAGAUCGAACGAACUAUAUUAUUAUAAUAAUUAUUGUUGUAUCAAAUAUUUUAUUAUACGAAUCACAAACUAUAUAUUCUAUAGCGUUUUAAAAACCAAGUGACCUGCACUUCCGCCGAUGUGCCCGCCACUCUGCCGCGAGCUCAGUGUUAUUAUUAAUAUAUAUAUAUACAUAUAGUUAUAAUAUUUUUAUAUUAUAUACCUACUUGAAAUAUUUUUGUAAUUGAUUUUUUGAUUUUUUCGUUUUCACUCACGUUUAUAUGACUUUUUUUUUUUAAUUUCAAAAUUAUAACUAAUUUUUCAAUAGUUUUGGAAAAAAAACAAGUGCAUAUACCCAUUGAAUUUAUAUUUUAUUACCGUUCAAUAAUAAUAAUAUGAAAAAUUAUAUUAUAAUAUUAUAUCGUCUCGUUACUGUGUGUAUUUUUACAUUUGGAUUUAUAGAGGGAUAACAAUAAAAUGUUUGUGUUUAUAUUA